UACUCCAUCCAACAUGGACCUCACUCCUAUCAGGAUCCGUGGUCGUCGCAAACGAGGUCGCCUGUCUGAAAGUAAAGACGUGUCACUCAAGAACCGUGACCGACCAUGGAAGACUGCGCGCUUCAACCAAGCCAGCUCUCAACCCCUGAAGAAUUUCCUUCAUCAUGAAAUUCUGUCAGUCAGAUUUCAUGCACAAAAGAAAACAAAACGAGAUCCAACCCUAUCAAAGUUUGAGCAGCUGCCCACCGAGCUAGUCCAAGUGAUAUUCCAAUGUUGCAACAACAUAAGCUUGCCUUUAUCGUCAUAUGUCUUUGCUCGCGAUCUGUCACACCGCAACACCUAUCUUCGCUUUGCCAUCGACACGCUCUCCAGGGAUGGUGUCAGCGAAGACGGGGCUGCAGAUGCUGCCGUAGUCUCGCGCAUGCUACAAUGCAAAUGGAUGACCUGGGAUCUAUUCAAGGACGCAAUACAAGAGAUACACAAAAUUAAAUCGCCGCCAUCACGCAGCUCGUCACCCUCGGAUUCAGAUACAGACGAUAGCGAUAACGACGAAGACGAAGCAUCGUCGCAAAACCAGCAACUUACCAUCCCAGUGCCCAACUUCUCUCACCCACACAACCAACCUCGCCUCCCUUACCUCACCCUCUCCUCCGCAGUUCAACUUCCUCAAUCCCUCCUGCACGAACCUUGGACAACACCAAAACUCGAGUUUCUCAAAUACCUCAUCUGGUCAGGCUGCAGUAUCGACUGGACAUCGUCUUCUCGCGGUGAAACCGCUACUGCAGGCCUCUCAACAGCAAUAUCCGCACACUCCUACACUGCCGUAGCUCUCCUGUGCUCACCAUCCAUAAACGUCGUUCCUGACACCACAACGAUAAAAAUCGCAGUCAUGGAUCAUAACUGCAAUCCCAGUGUUGUGUUUUAUUUGUUGGUUGCUGCUUUGCGUGCACACAUUACUUCCCGUGCUUCUGGGGAGGCAGCACCAGAUGUCAAUUUCAGGGAUCCGAGUUUGUGGCAUUGGGUUGAGAGGGUGGAGAAGAGCGGGAAUAGAAAGGGGAGGUGGUUGAAGGAUGCGUUGAGAUUUGCGGGUGAUGGGAUGAGGGCGAGUAGUUGGGAUGAAGAGGCCUUUGAGGAGUUUAGACGUGUGGCUGGGAGAGAGGAGGAUGGUGUUGUCAGGGUCAAUGUGCCUGUUGUCGAGUUGAUUGAUGAAGAGGAGGGAAGUGCUAUUGCGACACAG